UUCAUCUUACUGGCGUGUACUUGUGUAUUUAUUUUUAUGAUAAUAUGUAAAGGUAUUUAAUUGUAUGUGAAUGAAUACUACGCUUCAAGGUCACAAUGAUUAGUUUAUUUUGAGACUUUAUUUGAGGGCGUUAGAAUUUAUUUUUGAAUGGAAAGAAAUUGUCAGUGACUUGGUAAACACGUGAUUGUCAUGGAGAAAGGGAGAAGAGCUCAGUACCUGGUGGCUGCGGCUGUGUCCUUGGCUGCUAUGGUAGCUGGAGCCACACAAGCAUGGAGUACUCCUGUCAUACCGAAGUUCCACAACAAUGAAACUAAUAUCAUCAUUACAGACGAUCAGAUAUCAUGGGUGGCCGCCCUGGCGUCUCCGGGGUACAUGGCUGGGAGUAUGGCGACCAGGAUUGUCUCGGAUAAGUUCGGCAGACGAACAGCUGUUCUGGGCAGUGGUUUGCCGAUUCUCAUCGGAACUACAGUUAUUUUAACUACUGCAUCAGCGCGGUGUCUCUACGUGACGCGCUACUUAUGGGGUUUUGGUACGGGUAUGAUUGGAACAGUGUCAGCAAUGUACUUAGCCGAAAUAGCAGACAAAGAGAUCAGAGGGAAAUUGACAGCAUCCAUCCGCUUUAUGUUGAGUUUCGGAAGCUUCAUCAUCAUGUCUAUUGGACCUUUUAUAUCCUUCAACGCCCUCAGCUACAUAUUCCUUGCCCUUCCAAUUUGCUACUUAAUAGCCUGUAGCUUUAUCCCAGAGACACCUUAUUUCUACUUGAAAGAAGGAAAAGUGAAUGCAGCACGAGCUUCCCUCAAGAGGUUGAGUGGAGAUAGAGAUGAAAAGGCUGUAGAAGAAAAGCUGUUAGCGAUGAAGUUGGACGUCAAAAAAGAGAUGCAUCGUUCUGGUUCUGCUAAAGAGAUGUUCACUGGGAAGAGGUACCGUAAGGCGCUUAUCAUUGCAUCCGGUUUAAAAGUGACUCAAAUAAUGGCAGGGCCUAUAGCUAUACAACAAUACUUCGGCCGCAUCGUUCAAGAAAGCAAAACAAACGUAAACAUAUCCAUCGUGUUGAUAACAUUCGGAGCGGUUAAAUUUAUUGUCGGAAUAAUAUCAUCAGCUAUAGUAGACAAGGUCGGGCGUCGUCCUUUACUCAUCUACUCCUAUUUAGGCUCCGGCAUAGCCCUUAGUGUAGUUGGGGCGUACUUCUUGAUUCAGCCCACUAGCUCUCCAUAUUACACCUAUAUUCCAUUUAUAGGUAUCAUUCUUUCCAGUGUAGUGUCCAUUCUCGGCUAUGAGCCCAUGGCCUUCGUGGUCUCCGCAGAAAUAUUCCCCCUCAACGUCAAAUCAAUAGCAAUGACGUUCUUGAACAUUCUGGGCGGUCUGCUAAACUUCGUAUGUGUCAAAGGGUAUCAACCAAUGAAGAAUAUAGCAGGACUCACAGGAGUGUUCUGGUUUUACGCCACCUUCGCUUUUAUUGGUGGUGUGUUCUCAUUUUUUAUGGUCCCAGAAACUAAUGGCAAGAGUUUAAGAGAGAUCCAGAUUGAGUUGCAAGGAGAUUUGUAUGACGAAACUUAUGAAAAGCCUCAGAAUGUCGUUGUUGAUCAUGGAACUGAAGAUACAGAGCUUCAAAAGUUGAAACAAGAUGAAACAUGAGUUGAGGUAACUGUGUGUGAAAAUGUAGCGAAAUGGUUAGGUAUGUAGUACAUACACAACAGACGGUUAGGUUAAUGAUAGAAAAAAGUAAUAAGAACUUAACAGUUUUUGACCAGGAACAUUUAAU